UCGGUCAUAUUACUAUGCUUUAAUAAUAAAAAAAUAAAUAUUACUCUUAUAUUAUUAAAUAUACACAUUACACGCCGUCGAUAAAUCAAUCGCGAUAAACGUGUUAAUUAGUGUGACAUUAUCGUGCGGUGAUAUUGAAAGUAACACGACGAUUUUCUUGUGAAAAAUACAUUCCUCGCGCGUUCGGAAUGAUGUUAAAAAACACCGAGGCCGAUCUGCGACCCGGCAAACAGCAGCAGCUWAUGUUGGGCGCGUUCGGUGGUCCUCAAAUGUUGGCCGACGCCCUGCACGCCGCCACGGCCGCCGACGACGACGACGAUGACGAUGAUUGCGGCGGUGGCGACCGCAAGGGAGACAUGUACGCGGCGACAGCAAUGUCCAUGAAGGACUCACCAGUGGCGGCCGGUUUGCAGGAUGGCAACGGGUUCUGGAUGGCGGCCGUGUCCGCGGCCGGGCCGCAGAUGGACCACCACGCGGCCGACUAUCAACCCGCCGCCGUGCCGGACUACAUGAUGCACCACGUGAUGGGAGGCGGUGGCGGCGGUAACGAGAACGUGUCACCGGUGGAUCCUCAGCACCAGCAGCAGCACCACCAGGUCGCUGCCGCCGCCGCAGCCGCUGCCGCCAUGUACCAGAUGCAGGCAGAUCAGCAGGUUGGCGUCGGCGGUGGUGGAGUCGGUGCCGUCGGAGGCGGUGGACAGCAAGAGUAUCCUUGGAUGAAGGAAAAAAAGACCACCAGGAAGAACAACCAUCAAGGAGUGCGUAAAACUUCGUGUUUAUUCGAUGAAAAACAAAACGGUUUACCCAGGAGACUUCGGACCGCGUAUACCAAUACUCAACUCCUGGAACUCGAGAAGGAAUUCCAUUUCAGCAAGUAUCUGUGUCGGCCCAGGAGAAUAGAAAUCGCCGCAUCUCUGGACCUCACUGAGAGACAGGUCAAAGUAUGGUUUCAAAACAGACGGAUGAAGCACAAGCGGCAGACCAUCAACAAACAGGGCGAGGACGGUGACGACAAAGACUCGCAGAGUUCGGGCACGACCACCGGCAAACACGGCAAGUCGUCAGGUGGCGGUGGCGACAAACAGAUGGACGAUAAGAAGAGUUGUCAGAACUGUGACUUGCCACCCGGAAUAAUGAUGGAGCACGUAACCCGGAACAGMAGCGGGGCCGGAAGUAGUGCUGGCAGCGUCAGCUCGUUCGAUACGAAAAUGGAGGACGACUCGCGGUCCAACGAGGGCAUAAUGCACAUGGCUGUCAAGAGAGAGCCCUCGAGCAAACCGGAACCGCCGCAGACAAAUAAAAAAUCGGUGGCUGCGAUGUGCCCGAAAGACGCGAUGAGGCUAAUGCCGGAUAUAUCUCCAGAAGUCGGUAAGUCAUUGAAGGGAGGCGGCACGUCCGUAGGAAGUUUGACGCCAUCCACGCCAGACACGCCGUCUACCGCUCUGUCCAGUCCUUUGGGAACCGCGACCGCCAUGUAUCAACAGCAGCAGCAGCAGCAACAACAACAACAACAACAAUUAGAUCACUCAGUUUCUACACCACCAACCCCGUCGAAUGGGGGACCGGUGGCCAAGUCGCCGUACUCGAGGGUCGCUGAUGCUUAUAGACAACAGCAGCAGCAACAGCAAUACAACAAGCAAAACAAUUUCGGCGGUACCGGCAAGGACUGCUAUCUGUCACAAUAUCCGCCGACUACUCAAAGCCGCUGGUACAUGUCACCGGAAACAUCUUCACMCCCGUCUUCGUCUUCGUCUUACAAGUCCAAGUCCGGAGCGACUGUGGCCGUCCAGAGCCCCGGCAGGGUGCAGCAACAGACCGGUCUGGGYCACUGUCGUCAACAGUACUUGCAAGGUGCGGGUUACGGUCCACAACAACAAUACUGUAACGGUUACAAUAACAACGGUUAUCAGACGGGCGGCGGAAGUGACUCGUACCAGCAGGCUGCAACCGUUCCCUCGGCUGUCGGUUACCACCACCGUCAGGCAUACCAACAGCAACAGACUGGCGUCAGUGGUUACGGCGGCAGCACCACUGGUAGUGGUGGUGGAGGUAGUGGCGGUGACGAUUACCAUCAUCACCAUUUGAGUUACGCCGGAACGUACCAAGCUACCAGCCAAGGAUACGCRACCAACGGCCAUCAUAUGGGUGGCGGCGGAGUUCAUCAUCAGCAACAACAUCACCAACAGCAACAAGACAACCACUCAGGUUCGCAGCUGUACAACAUGGACUACCACCACCAACCACACCAUCAACAGCAGCAGCAGCAACUCCAACAACAGCAACACCACCAAUCGCAACAUCAUCAGCAGCAACAGCAACAGCAACUCAGGUACAACAAAUCAGCCGCGGCGGCUGCCGUGCAGGUGUCAGCUGGUCARUAUUACGUGGACCCUGUGGCAGGUGGUGGUGGUGGCACCGGUACAGCCGUAGCUGCAGUACCGGAACUGGAGGCCGCGUUCGCUGACCAGUUCCACGCGCACGGCUCGUCUGUGGCCAUGACACCACCGAACAGCGUCCGGGCGGCGGCAGCAGCCGAUUCGUCCGGCGAUCACUUCAACAGUUUUCAUCACUUCUACAACGGCACAGGAGCAGUCACGUCGGCCGGCCCGGUGGUCGGCGAACCGCACUGUCAGCAUCAGCAACCGUCGCUGCACCAGCAGCACCAUCACCAGCCGAACGCAGUCACCGCGGCCGUCGUCGCUCCCGUCACCGGCAGCUCUGCAGCCGCGGCUGCAGCGGCAGCCACCGCCGCCGCAAUGGCGCAUCACCCGCAACCGCCGCCACACCACCAUCAUCACCACGGCGGCGGCGUGCACGACAACAGCAACAGUUCGUCCGAUUUCAACUUUCUCAGUAACUUGGCCAACGAAUUCGUACCCGAAUACUAUCAGCUCAGCUGAGAUUCGCUUUACUUUUAACCACUCGUCGCUGUUGUAAUGACCUACGCGUUUAUAGUAUGCCUGCCUACUCAUCAUCGGCUUCGGUUUUCGUAUAAAUUAUAAUCUUCGGGAUAGUUUAUACGGCCGAUACGGAUUUCUCCGAUUCGUUAUCGAAUAUUGAUCGAUAUUUUACACUGCAUGCACGUUUAUACUUUGUUUGGUGUACAUCAAAUGUUGAUUUGUUUUUUGUUUUUUUAUCCCGAUUGUGGCUAUUUGGCCUUUCAUCGACAGUCGAAUGAUUUCCAUCUUUUWUUUUUUUUUUAAAUUUAGCGUCCGAUCAAAAUAAUCAUAAUCAUCACAGGAAUCGCUUGAAAUCAUCACGUAUGAUAAUGUAUCCGUCGUACAAUUUUCUACCCGUAACUCGCAUCUCACAUCUGGCAUAAAUGGCGUUUAAAAUCUAUAAAUCAACYUUUUAAAAUGAUUAAAUUUAUUGUUUGUUUUUAAACCAAAGUUCAAUAUCUUCCAUCAAUGUUUGGCGGUUUUCGAAUUCAAUAGAUGUCCGCCGCGUAUUUAUUUUCGUUUCUGUACAAAGUUCGAUCAUGUCCAAGCUCAUUAAAAUAUUAUUGUUUUUAUGUUAAGUAUACUUUUUUAUUCAACCGUUACGUUUCAUUUGUAUACCAUAUUAU